AUGAAAAUAGGAGGUGCUCAACUAGUCAACACAAUUGAAUUUGUAAAACUUUUGGAUUGUGUCAUUUCCAAGAGUUAUUUGAGGUGCACCCACCAAAAGCUGUACCAAUGUCCAACCAAGAAACAAGUCCAGCGACUGGAUGACGAUCCAAACAUAUUCGAAGUAACAAACCGAGGCGACCACACUUGCCAUCUAUCAUCCACGACCCUAUCUGUACUGCCACCGCUGCCGGUGGAACGAAGAGAAGCUCAUAGGUCCACUAGUAGCACCGUCAACAUGGGUAGCAGUACGAGUGGUGGCGCAAUAGCCGGUCCAUCCACCUCCCGCUAUGGGAGGGAUGUUGACUACCCCGUCGUAGAUAUGGCGGACGUCAUGUUUAACUCCGGUAGCAGUAGUAGCACUAGCAUAGACCUCAUCUUCUCUUCCAUGGAUGACAAAUGGCCGGAUUUAGGAGACAAGAAAAAUUAA